CUUUUCCCAAAAAAAAAAAAAUAUGUAGCAGUACAGAGCAUGUUCUUACCAGUUUCAGGGAAAUUCAAAAGAAAAUACAUCUCUUCACCUAUUGCUAAUAUUCAAAUUAACAUGAAAAAUUCCAAUCCAUUUUGAUCAUUCUGGAAAAAUCUUUAUGGGAAGAAACGAGCGAGAUUUUUGUCCAUUUUUAUUUCCCUCCGCCAUCUACGGUUCUCCGUCCUCUUCUCCGUCGUCAACACCAUCAUCGCCUCCGUCAUCGCCGCCGCCGACUAAUUCCAGCAGUACUCAAUCUUCUUCUCACCAUACAUCUUCCUCGCUGAGUAUUACUUCACCUUUCAAAUUAUAUUCUUCAACUGCCGACGGUGCAAAUCUCAAUCCUCAAUGCACCGAAGAAAUUACAGUUGAUGGAUCCAGCAACACCAUCAACUUUCCCCAGGAUGCUGUUAAUGAAAUACAAACAAGUAGUACAACAAAGCAGUCGAAAAGGAAUAGGACUAUGCUUGAGCUUAAAGAAGAGGAGAGUUUACUAUUGAAAGACAGAACAAAUUUGAAAAUUAAAUUGGAGACCUUGCGGCAUACUUUAGAGGAUCAGAGAGCUGCAAAUGAAAGCUUGAAGAAAUUUAAGUGCGGCAAUACUCCAGUUACUUGCUUGCGCAGUCAUCAGAAACUCCGUUGUUAGUGUGUCGGAAACUAAAUAGAAUCCCAAAACCCAUGACUACCUAUUAAGUGCAAUUUAUAUACUAAGGUGGAACAACUAACAUGUGAAGGAAGUCAUUUUUCUUUGCUGGGAAGAAAAGCAUGCCAUUGAAAUUGGACUAUGAAAGUCUCGAAUCUAACCAUACCAAAUGGGCUAGAGAAUUGUUACAAAACUUGAACUCUCUAAGGGCUUUUUUGCCACUAAAUGUGUCACUCAAUUACAAUUUCUCUUAACAACAAGAGUUAAUAUCA